GACUUUUCCAUCUCCUCCCACCUAGGGACACCUUCGCAGCCGGGACACGGAUGGGACGCCGGCGGAGUCAGCGAGCAUGCGCGUCCGCCCCGAGCAUGCUCAGUAGCUCGCGCGGCUCCCCGGAGCUGCGGCGCGGAUCGGCGAGCGACGCGGAGGUCUCCGCCGGCGCCGAGGGAGCGACAGGAAGUGAAGCGGCCCCGCCGGGCGAGCGCGGCGGCAGAACCCGAGGCGGCGGAAGGGGCUCUGCGGCGGCGGCGGCGGCGGCGACGUCGUCCACCGGGGAGGCCGAAGGAACUGAGCCCCGAGGGGACACGCCCGCUCGGAAGCCAGACCCCGAGGCGGGCAGGAUGGAUCACCACCAGCCGGGGACUGGCCGCUACCAGGUGCUUCACAAUGAAGAAGAUAAUUCAGAAUCAUCUGCUGUAGAGCAGCCAUCAACUUCUAACUCCACAGCACCGACUUCGGAAGCUGCUUCUUCAGCACCAGCACUGGAAACGGACUCUUCUCCUCCACCUUACAGUAGCAUUACUGUGGAAGUACCUACAACUUCAGAUACUGAAGUUUACAGUGAGUUUUACCCCGUGCCACCUCCAUACAGUGUUGCUACCUCUCUUCCUACGUAUGAUGAAGCUGAAAAGGCCAAAGCUGCUGCCAUGGCAGCUGCAGCAGCGGAAACACCUCAAAGAAACCAGGAGGAAGAGUGUACACCAAGAGAUGACUUCAGCGAUGUAGACCAGCUUAGAGUAGGCAAUGAUGGCAUUUUCAUGCUGGCGUUUUUCAUGGCAUUCAUUUUCAACUGGCUUGGGUUCUGCUUGUCCUUCUGUAUCACCAAUACCAUAGCUGGGAGGUAUGGUGCUAUCUGCGGAUUUGGCCUUUCUCUGAUCAAAUGGAUCCUUAUUGUCAGGUUUUCUGACUAUUUUACUGGCUAUUUCAAUGGACAAUAUUGGCUUUGGUGGAUAUUUCUUGUACUUGGCCUGCUCCUUUUCUUCAGAGGAUUUGUUAAUUACCUAAAAGUCAGAAACAUGUCUGAAAGUAUGGCAGCUGCACAUAGAACAAGAUACUUCUUCUUACUAUAGAGACUGCAUCAACCCAACAUUCCUUCUUACACCAAUGUGAAGUGUCCACGUCAUCUGUAAGCCUGCAGCUUUGCUAAGAUAGAAGACGACUGAGAGCAGAAGAAAACUUAGUGAAAGGUGGAACUUCGAAAUCAAUGGCAGGGGGUUUAUGCUUACCAGCCAUGUCUGCUCAUUCUUUAGUUAUCUGUAUUUCGUUUAUUUUGCACAUUUGCAUAUGUGCCUAUGUAAAAGAUAUGCAUAUACUUGAAAGAAUCCGUAAAGUUGUUGCAGCAAAGUCCAGUCACACUUGGUUAAUCAGUGUUUGAUAGAGUUGGAAGAGGUGAGUGAUAAACCCUUCCAGCAUGUAAAUGCUUCUGACGUGACCAUUAGUGUAAUAAACAUUACAUUAUUAAUCUUGUCAAAUGCUUUAGUUUCUGGCGCUUAGAUUCACCUGGUAAUUCCAAACAUUGAAAUAUUCUUUGCUAUAGAUGAUGUUUAUUAAAACUUGCAGUGUGAUUAUUAGAAGAGAGUUGUCAGAUUUUUGGAUAUGAUAUUAUUUAGGAAAACUCUUGUAAAUAACCAUGCAUACAUUGCUUUUUUCAUUCUUUUUUUAGAAAUUGUGUCUAGAUUUCUUUUCAUUAAUUUAAAAUUAGGUAAACUAAAUAUACAGAAAUAAACUUUGUUAAAGAUAGAGUGGUUUCAGAUGAACUUUAAGAAAAUGUGAGUAUUCCAAAUGUCCUUUAAAGAAAAAACAAAAAGCUAAGAGGCAAUACUAGUUUUAGGGAUUUUCAAAUCAGAAACUUCGAUUUAAGGAUUACUCACCUUAGCAAUUCUUACAAGAAGAUAUUGCAGUAGAUCUUAUAUUUAUUUACAUCUAAGACAAUUUAAAGAAUUAAUUUACCAAAUAUAUUCUCAUUUGCAUUUGUCUUUUAGAAAGCCAAUAAAAGUAUCUUUCAGUAUUACUGUAAUCAUUUUUUUCUUUAAAUGUUUAAUUUGUUAAGCUUAGCAAAUAAAAUCUUGUUCUGUUAA